CCGGAAGUCAGGUGCCGCCGGAAGUCCUCCGGUACCUUUGGAAUCUUUUCGGGGAAGAGGGCGGCCGCCGCGGCCGGCGGAGCAGUCCAGGGACCGGGUCGGCUUUCCGAUCCGGGUCCGCAGCCGCCCCCGCGUCGGCCCGGCCGCGGCGAGCUCGCCUCCGCCCCGCGCGGCACCACGGCCCCCUCGUCCAGCCCGGGGCCCGGCGCGGCAGCCCAGCCCGGGACGCCGGCCCGGGCGCCGCCUCGGCGCCUCCCGCCCUGAGCCGGCGACCCCGCGGCCCGGCCCUGCCAUGUCCCCCACCGUGUCCCACAAGGACGGCAGCCGGCAGCGGCGGCCCGGGCCCGUCAACCACCGCGUGGACAUGAAGGGCGGGCCGCCGCCCCCGCCGCCGCCGGCGGGCGACUGGGAGGAGGAGGAGGAGGCGGCGCCGGCGGGCGGCGCGGGCGGCGCGGGGGACCGCGAGGCCCUGCUGCGCGGCCCCCGGGGCCCGCGGGGCUGCCGCGCCGAGCUGGGCAGCCUGCUGCUGCUGCUCUUCCUCUACGUGCUGCAGGGCAUCCCGCUGGGGCUGGCCGGCAGCAUCCCGCUGAUCCUGCAGAGCAAGAACGUCAGCUACACCGACCAGGCCUUCUUCAGCUUCGUCUUCUGGCCCUUCAGCCUCAAGCUGCUCUGGGCCCCGCUCGUGGACGCCGUCUACCUGCGCGGCUUCGGCCGCCGCAAGUCGUGGCUCGUGCCCACGCAGUACGUGCUGGGCUUCUUCAUGCUCUACCUGUCCACGCAGGUGGAGCGCCUGCUGGGCGGCGCCGCCGGGACCCCCGACGUCGGGGCGCUCACGCUCGCCUUCUUCCUCUUCGAGUUCCUGGCCGCCACGCAGGACAUCGCCGUGGACGGCUGGGCGCUGACCAUGCUCUCCCGCGAGAACGUGGGCUACGCCUCCACCUGCAACUCGGUGGGCCAGACGGCCGGCUACUUCCUGGGCAACGUGCUCUUCCUGGCGCUGGAGUCGGCCGACUUCUGCAACAAGUACCUGCGCUUCCAGCCGCAGCCGCGCGGGAUCGUGACCCUCGCAGAUUUUCUAUUUUUCUGGGGGACCAUAUUUUUGAUAACAACAACAUUAGUCGCCCUUCUAAAAAAAGAAAACAAAGAAGUGAUACCAUCGAAAGAAGAAACAAAAGGGAUCACAGACACUUACAAGCUGCUCUUUACAAUUAUAAAGAUGCCAGCAGUUAUGACUUUCUGCCUCAUGAUUUUAACUGCAAAGAUUGGCUUUUCCGCAGCAGAUGCGGUAACGGGGCUGAAGCUGGUAGAAGAGGGUGUGCCCAAAGAGCAUAUGGCCUUGCUGGCUGUUCCCAUGGUUCCUCUCCAGAUCUUGCUGCCUCUGAUUAUCAGCAAGUACACCGCAGGCCCACAGCCACUAAAUGUGUUUUAUAAAGCCAUGCCCUACCGAUUGUUACUUGGCUUGGAAUAUGCUUUGAUGGUUUGGUGGACUCCCAAAGUAGCGUAUCAAGGAGGGUUUCCGAUCUAUUACUAUGUUAUAGUGCUGCUGAGUUACGCCUUACAUCAGAUCACAUUGUACAGCAUGUAUGUUUCUAUAAUGGCUUUUAAUGCCAAAGUUAGUGAUCCGCUUAUUGGCGGCACAUACAUGACCCUUUUGAAUACUGUGUCCAAUCUGGGAGGGAACUGGCCCUCAACAGUGGCUCUUUGGCUGGUGGAUCCUCUCACAGUGAAGGAGUGUGCAGGAGUGCCGAACCAGAGUUGUUGGACUCGGGAAGCCGUCGAACUUUGCAAAAAACUUGGUGGCUCUUGUGUUACUGCAUUGGAUGGUUAUUAUGUGGAAUCUAUUAUCUGUGUUGUUAUUGGAUUCGGUUGGUGGCUCUUUCUUGGUCCAAGAUUUAAAAAGCUCCAGGAUGAAGGACCGUCAUCUUGGAAAUGUAGAAGGAACAAUUGAUGGCGUUCACUACAGGACAUCUGGGAGGGGGAGAUCGUUUUAAUUUUAAUGCAGAUGUUAAUGAUAAUCAAUCCACAAGAGUAUAAAUACAGUUUCUGAUAAGAAAAUUCUUAAUAUAAAAAUGCCAAAUGGUUGAAAAGCUGA